ACUUUCGUAAAUGGCGGCGUUCUGAUCUAUAGCGCGCGCGUGCUCGUCGUCUCCGCGAGUAGGGGAGCGAGUAAGGACACACGCACACACACACGCACAUAACUACAUAAGUAUAAGUGUGCAUCCUUUGAUCUCCCGUUGCGUUGUCUGUUUUUCGCUCUCGUUUCCGCUCGUGCCUAUACACCGCCGCCGCGCAUGUACACAAGACAGCCUCAGGCCGCUAUACUGCACCUGCAGUCUAUACAACGCAUGAGGGGGCCGACUGACAACGACGAGACGAGACGAGAGAGAAAGAGCGAGUGACACAUAUAUUCUACUGCCGACUGUUCGCAUCAGGUAGAAACAAACAAAGUGCAGCGUCUCUUUUUUAUCGAAUGCCAUUUUUGGCUCGCUCUUCCAUCCUACACUAUAUUUUAUUAUUAUAUAUAUAUACGCGACUGCAGGCACACGCGCUUGUUGCGCGCUAUGUAUAGUUUUUGCGUAUAUAUUCUGGCGCGACUGCUCGCUGCAUGAGCGCGACGACGUCGAUGUGGGGACCUGCUGCGCUGUAACGAGGAAUGUUUCUAACCUCAAACGCGACGAGCUUCGCUGUUGUAUAAUAUGAUCGCGCGCCGUAUUUCAUUGAAAUAUAGCAAUUUGUCACUGGACAAUGCUGCUACUUCAACUGGGACUAUCAAGCUUGAAGGAGGCUCAGUUUCGAAAGCCAGUUGAAUGCUCCCUUCAACAAUAACAGUCUCGUUCAACUGUCAUCUCAAGGCAAAGUUUUGUUUACGCUUUUGCUGAGAACGUGCAGUGAAAGCUCUGUUGCCGAAGUGAAAAAACAGCUAGAAAGCCAAGUUACAGAAGCAGCAUAACCUCUCGCGCAUCGAGUAAGAUCUAGUCCCUCUCGGCUCGUGUCAGUGUCUGACCCUCUCAUUCUCUCCAACAGGCGUAUACCUAUACAUCGGGUGGUCUACUCGCGCGCAGUACAGAGCACACGUGUGCGCGCUAGCGAGAGAGAGAGAGAGAGAGAGAGAGAGAGAGAGAGAGAGAGAGAGAGAGAGAGAGAGAGAAAGAGAGAAAGAGAAAGAGAGCUGGCUCUCCUCUCUCCACGUCUUUUCUCUCGGUCUACUAGAAGUGCUACCUACUCGUGUCGGCUCCAUGUAUCUCCUGCACAUGGAAGGAGAAGAAAGCAGCAGCAGCAUCCGAGGGACAACUAGAAGCGCACUUUAGCAGCUGCACAGCGAGAAAUCCCGGCGAGAGAAAGAGAGAGAGAGAGAGAGAGAGAGAAAGAGUGCUCCCUCCCUCCUCUCUCUUUGCUCUUCCACGCUCGCUAUACACUGGCAGCAGCAGCAGCAGCAGUAGUGCGUGUGCGGCGUCGUCCAGCAGCAGCAACGUCGCCGCCGACGACGAGGACGACGACGGUGACGACGACGUUACAGAGGAAGUAAAGUGCGGGUAUACGGACUCGUUGACGUCGUCUCGAGCAUGAGGAGGACGAGGCCGCGGACGGCGCCGAAGACGGGGUCGGGCGGCAAGAAGCCGCUUGGGCUAGCCUAACUCCUCCUUCCUCUCUCUCCUUCUCUUUCUCCCUGUGUACAGCCGAGAUCGGAGAGGACUUAUACUACUUAUCGAGUCUAAGCCUAACCCCUCCUUCCUACCUCUCUUUCUCUUUCUCCCUGUGUACAGCCGAGAUCGGAGAGGACCUAUACUACUUAUCGAGUUCGAGCGUAGAAGAGCGAGAGAGAGAGAGAGAGAGAGCAGCGGCGGCUUCGUCGAGUCCCGCCCCACGCGUCAGUCAGCGUCUUUGGAUCGCGACGUCGAGAGUUGCCUGCUCUCAGAGGGACGACACAAACCAACAUCAGCUUCGGUGACGAUGGGCACGCAGAAGCCCGGCGAGUGGGCCAAUUCGCUGAUUGCGCGAUUCGAGGACCAGCUACCAUGCCGGGCCGGUCCGCAAACUACGCACUCGCGGCUGAACGAGGAGAAGAACAAAAGAUGCCUGAUCCUGAUAUCUCGGCAUCGAUUCUCCCUGGUGAUCUCUGGGCUGACGAAUAUCCUGAAGCGGGUGAACGAAAUGGUGCCGAGCGGCGUCGGUGGCCAGCGCUCGUUUCAAUGCAGCGACCACGACCGGCACCGCUACGAGUCCAUCAUCAUUGUCCUCGACACCCUCGAGAGUUGCCUCGCCAACCAGCCCAAGGACACUACCAAGUACGACGAGGCGAUGAACGUCAAGCUACUCCUACGCGAGAUCUGCCAGUUUAUCGAUAUUCCAAAUGACAGUCCUCAGAACGCACAUCUGAAAAAUCUGGCAAGCAAAGUCUUAUUCGCCCUCAGUUUGAAUUUCUUUAGCGCUGUUUUCAAUCGGAUUUCCGCUCGUCUUCAAGAACUCUCAGUAUGCAUCGAGGAAAAUCCGGAUUACAGUGAUAUAGAACUGAUACAGCAUAUUAAUGUUGACGUUGAUAGACUUACCAAACUUUUAACUGAAAUAAACCAAAAAUUCCGGCAACUGAAGAAAUCGGCGCACUUUGUGCUUAUGAGUUCUUUAGAAAAGGCUGUUUGGAACUGGAUGGAUACGUAUCCUCAAGAAUUUGCAGAUCUCCAGAAGAAUCCAAACGAUGAGCUUGUCAAAGCGUGCGGUGAACUCUUCGAUAUUCUGGACACAUUUGCAGACAACAAGAAGGGCCGAGUGGCCGCGGUUUGGCCCUUGCAGAUCAUGCUGCUCAUACUCACACCCAAGGUGCUCGAAGAGAUCGUCAAUGCAGAUAUGGGCGCGCCCUACUCGCCAGAGCACAAGAAGAAAAAAUGUUUUAUAGAUAGUGUGAAAAAAGGCCUAGUUGCUCAUGGAGGCUCAAAUCGACAACUUGUCGAAGCGGCUGCCCUUACUUGCGUCAAGCUCUGCAAAGCCUCAACCUAUGUCAGCAAUCUUGACUCAAACAACGUGAUAUUCACUCUGGUGCAGCAUGUCAUACACGAUUUGAUAUCCUUGCUUUUCAAUCCGAACAAGCCUUUCUCCCGGGGCCAGAGUAACGUCGCACAAGACAUCGAUCUCAUGAUCGACUGCUUCGUCAGCGUCUUUCGCAUCAUGCCGCACAACAACGAAGUCUUCAAAGUCUGUCUCAAUCUGAAUUCGCCAUCGACGUAUCAAUUCGUGCUCAUUAGCUCUUUGUACAAAAUUGUCAGUCAGCCUAGACUGCCAUGGUGGCAGCAAAUCGAUCUCGUUUACUCGCGUAGUGCAGAACUGCGAAACAUGUUUACAGAUACGUUAAAUAAAGUUUCUCAAAGUUACAUAUCACAUACACCGUUGCGUAUGAUACAGAGCUUCACGCUAAAAGGCAAGGAACAGAGCAAAUACAAAGAUCGUGGAGAGGAGGUUACCAGUUAUAGAAAUCUUUUGCUUUGGAUGGUUCGACUGAUACAUGCUGAUCCAAUGCUUAUGUUAAAUAAUCAAGGUAAAGCUGGCCACGAAAUUCAAAGUUCCACCUUGGAGUUGAUCAACGGUUUGGUCUCUCUCGUUCAUCAGCCGACCAUGCCAGACAUUGCACAUGAAGCUAUGGAGGCCCUUCUUGUACUCCAUCAUCCCGAUAAGAUUAAGGCCUGGAAUCCAGAAGCACCUAUCAAUACUUUCUGGGAUGUCAGUUCACAGGUCCUUUUUUCCAUAUCGCAGAAACUCAUACAGCAUCAGAUCGUCAACUACACCGAUAUUCUGAAGUGGUUACGAGAGAUUCUCAUUUGUCGUAACAUUUUUCUAUCACAGAAUAAAGACUGUGCCAAUGUAGGCAGCCAGAUUGCUAUCUGCAAACAAGCGCACAUUAAACUAGAGGUCGUUUUCUUCAUGUACCUGUGGAGCAUAGAUAUGGAGGCAGUAUUAGUCGCCAUGUCCUGUUUUUCACUGCUCUGCGAGGAAGCCGAAAUACGUUGCGGUAGCGAUGAGGUGGCUGUUACCUGUCUGCUACCAAAUUAUCUCUUGUAUGUUGAACUAGCUCAAGCUUCUACUGUUCUUACCACUGCCAGCGGAGAGAGUAGGAUUUGUUAUCAUGAGAACAAUCACGGUCGCGCAGCCUUACAAAAACGAAUAAUGGCUCUUCUCAGGAAAAUUGAACAUUGCGUUAAUGGAGUUCAACCUGCUUGGGAAGAAACUUUUCGUAACUGGGAGCAAACUUGCCGUCAGCUAACGAACUACCCAAAAACCAAAGCUGAGGACGGACAAGUCGAGUCGUUCCAUCGAAGUGCAGGAAAACGUCGUGCUUCGCAUCAGAACUCUGAACACGAACUCGAGGAACAGAUAAACGAGUGGGCUAAUAUGACAGGCUUCCUUUGCGCACUUGGCGGCAUCUGCCUUCAACGUCGUUCUCCUAACAGACCGUUGUCUGGUUUGCCACUAAAUCCCGAGCCAAAGAAGGGUUCAGGCAAGCAGCAGCAUCAACAGCAAUCGGAUAAUGUCUCGUGCCUAUCCAACUCCAGCCAGGAGGUCCAGUACUGUCCCGUCACGCAGUUCGUUUUUAACCUGCUUCGUCUACUCAUCUGCAACAACGAAAAAUUCGGGCCGCAAAUACAGAAACACGUGAAAGAACUUGUCGGUCACGAGAUGAGCCCAGCCCUGUAUCCGAUAUUAUUCGAUCAGAUUAAGAGUAUUGUCGAGAAGUUUUUCGAUCAGCAAGGACAAGUCAUACUUAUGGACGUCAAUACUCAGUUUAUCGAGCACACGAUAUUUAUUAUGAAGAAUGUGUUGGAUUCCAAAAUCGAUCAACUUUCGGAAUACUUGGUAAUGACGAGCAUCGAAGGUAUGACUCUGGCCAUUGUGCGCUAUGUACGUCAUCUCGACAUGACUGUGCACGCCAUACACAUCAAGACGAAGCUGUGUCAAUUAGUCGAAGUGAUGAUGAAGCGUCGAGACGAUCUGGCUUUCAGACAAGAGAUGAAGUUCCGCAAUAAACUAGUUGAGUACCUUACUGAUUGGGUAAUGGGUACCACACACCCCAUAGCGCCACCAGGUGGUAGCGAUUCUACACUUAUAACCAGGGAACUGGAUCAAGCUUGCAUGGAGGCAGUAGGUGCGCUUCUACGCGGUUUACCCCUGCAGCCCGAAGAAUCUGACCGUGGCGAUCUAAUGGAAGCCAAGUCUCAACUGUUUCUCAAAUAUUUCACUCUAUUUAUGAAUUUGUUGAACGACUGCAAUGACGCCGCUGCCGAAGAAAAGGAAGUCGUCUCGCGGCAGCGUCUAACCACCGGCAAACUUUCGACUCUUAGGAACGCUACCAUUCAAGCCAUGAGUAAUCUGUUAAGUGCGAAUAUCGACAGUGGACUUAUGCAUUCUAUAGACUUAGGAUACAACCGCGAUUUGCAGACAAGGGCUGCCUUUAUGGAGGUAUUGACGAAAAUUCUGCAACAAGGUACGGAGUUCGAUACCCUGGCCGAGACCGUAUUGGCUGAUCGUUUUGAGCAGCUUGUCCAGUUAGUAACAAUGAUCAGCGACAAGGGAGAGUUGCCAAUAGCAAUGGCACUGGCCAAUGUUGUCACGACCAACCAGAUGGACGAAUUGGCGCGCGUCUUCGUCACCCUCUUCGACGCCAAGCAUCUGCUUUCUCCGUUACUUUGGAACAUGUUCUAUCGGGAGGUCGAGGUUUCGGACUGUAUGCAAACGCUCUUUCGGGGUAACAGUCUUGGCAGCAAGAUUAUGGCUUUUUGCUUCAAAAUCUACGGAGCUAGUUAUCUGCAGAGCUUGUUGGAACCUUUGAUAACACCCCUUUUAAGCGAUCCGAUGACAAGCUUUGAGGUAGACAGUGCAAGAAUUGACGUAAAUGAGGAUAUCGAGCAGAAUGGCAGAAAUCUAAUUGCUCUUACGCAGAAGGUUUUUGAUGCUAUUGUGUCUUCCGCUGAAAGAUUUCCGCCGCAACUGCGUUCGAUGUGUCACUGCCUUUACCAAGUAUUGAGCAAGCGCUUCCCUCAGUACCCACAAAACAACAUCGGUGCUGUGGGCACGGUGAUAUUUUUGCGCUUUAUCAACCCGGCAAUAGUAUCACCUCAGGAAAUGGGAAUCGUCAACAAGCCUGUGCCGCCACCGGUCAAGCGCGGCCUCAUGCUCAUGUCUAAGAUUCUGCAGAACAUUGCUAACCACGUAGAGUUCAGCAAGGAGCAGCACAUGCUUCCCUUUAAUGAUUUUCUACGAGCGCACUUUGAGAUAGCCCGGCGCUUCUUCAUUCAAAUAGCCUCAGACUGCGAAACCGUCGACCAGGCCAACCAUCCUAUGUCCUUCGUUUCGGAUGCAAAUGUGCUUGCGCUGCACCGGUUGCUUUGGAAUCACCAGGAGCGUAUAGGCGAUUACCUGAGCAGCAGCCGCGAUCACAAGGCUGUGGGCCGGCGACCUUUCGAUAAGAUGGCCACGCUUUUGGCUUAUCUCGGUCCGCCCGAGCAUAAACCCGUCGAUUCACAUCUGCUGUUUUCAUCUUCAUACGCCAGAUGGUCUAGCAUCGAUAUGUCAUCAACGAAUUUCGAAGAAAUAAUGGUGAAACACAACAUGCACGAGAAGGAUGAGUUCAAGAACAUAAAGAGUCUAAACAUUUUCUAUCAAGCUGGAACUAGUAAACUGGGCUAUCCGGUAUUUUAUUACAUUGCCAGAAGAUACAAAAUCGGUGAAUCAAAUGGCGAUCUUCUAAUUUACCACGUAAUCUUGACACUAAAACCGUUCUGUCACUCGCCAUUCGAGCUGGUCAUCGACUUUACGCAUACAUGUUCAGACAACCGCUUUCGUACGGAAUUCUUACAGAAGUGGUUUUACGUACUGCCUGAGGUAGCUUAUGAGAACAUUCACGCAGCCUACAUUUACAACUGCAACAGCUGGGUACGAGAAUAUACUAAGUACCACGACCGCAUCUUGGCGCCCCUUAAGGGCAAUCGUAAGGUUUUCUUCGUCGACGGACCCGGCCGAUUUAAAGACCACAUUGAAUUGGACCAACAACGGUUGCCCGGCGCCACACUCUCGCUGGACGAGGAUCUCAAGGUCUUCACAAGUGCUCUUAAAUUAUCGCACAAAGACACUAAGGUGUCGAUCAAGGUUGGGCCUACUGCUAUACAAAUAACUUCGGCUGAAAAGUGCAAGGUUCUAUCUCACUCCGUACUACUCAACGAUGUCUACUAUGCUUCCGAAAUCGAGGAGGUCUGCCUCGUCGAUGAUAAUCAAUUCACGCUUACCAUUUCCAACGAGGCUGGUCCACUCUCUUUUAUUCACAAUGACUGUGAUAGCAUCGUUCAAGCAAUUAUUCACAUUCGCAAUAGAUGGGAACUUUCCCAGCCCGAUUCGAUGUCGGUUCAUCCGAAGAUUCGGCCCAAAGAUGUACCUGGCACAUUGCUGAACAUGGCACUUCUAAAUUUGGGUAGUUCUGAUCCGAAUCUUCGCACAGCUGCUUACAAUCAGCUAUGUGCACUGACGGCGACUUUCGACCUUAAGAUCGAGGGUCAGCUACUCGAAACGUCCGGUCUCUGCAUUCCCUCGAACAACACCAUCUUCAUAAAGCAUCUGAGCGAGACUCUAGCAGCCAAUGAUCCUCAUCUGACUUUAGAGUUCCUGGAGGAGUGCAUACAGGGCUUCCGAGUUUCAACGAUUGAAUUGAAACAUCUCUGCUUAGAGUACAUGACACCCUGGUUGAAUAAUCUUGUACGUUUCUACAAGCCUAGCGACGAAGGCGGCAAACGCCAGAAGCAGGUCACUCAGAUACUUGAGAAAUUAAUCACGUUGACUAUCGAAGAAGUAGAAAUGUAUCCAAGCAUUCAAGCAAAAAUUUGGAGUACUAUAGGUCGACUACCAGAUUUAAUAGAUACGGUUUUGGAUAACUUCAUCCAACGAAGCGUGCGUUAUGGCUUCGGUUCUCCUAUGGUCGAGAUAAUGGCUGAUACUGCUGUAGCUUUGGCCUCUGGAAACGUACAGCUUGUUGCAAAGAAGGUUAUCAGCCGAUUGUGCCGAGUCGUUGACAAAACUUGUACCUCGCCAACGCCGCUACUCGAGCAGCAUGCGAUGUGGGAUGACAUCGCGAUAUUAGCGCGUUAUUUACUCAUGCUAUCCUUUAAUAACUGUCUAGAUGUGGGCAAGCAUUUACCAUAUCUCUUCCACACUGUGACUUUUCUCGUCUGCUCAGGCAGCUUGAGUAUGAGGGCCUCGACUCACGGCCUUGUUAUCAAUAUUAUACAUUCGCUUUGUACCUGCAGUUCGCCGUCGUUUUCUGAAGAUACAUAUAGAGUACUAAGGAUGAGCCUUGACGAGUUCUCUCUGCCUAAAUUCUAUUUGCUCUUCGGUAUCAGCAAAGUCAAAUCUGCCGCUGUGACUGCUUUUAGAUCAAGCUAUCGUCAUUCAAAUGAAAAAUGGUUCGGCAAUGAACGCAGCAUCGUAGCCUCUCAGGACCGUGAGAGACUCUCUCUGACCAGUCUAGAAGUCAUUACAGACGCUUUACUGGAGAUUAUGGAGGCGUGUAUGCGCGACAUACCAAAGUGUGACUGGCUCAGAACUUGGACUUCCCUCGCUAAAAGCUUUGCUUUCUGUUUUAAUCCCGCAUUGCAGCCUCGCGCUCUUAUCGUCUUUGGGUGCAUCAGUAAGAGCAUUACUGACCAAGAUAUUAAGCAAUUGCUUCGCAUCCUCGUUAAAGCUCUUGAGAGCUUUAACGACAUCACUCUACUCGAGUCCAUAGUUAUGUGUCUCACUCGGUUGCAGCCUCUGCUGAGACCGGUAAUUUUCAUGCUCUACAAAUUCUUUUCAUACAUAGUUAACAGUCAUCCUUAUAUGGUUAAUAAUUUUCAGGAAUCGCCGAUUCAUCGCUACCUUUUCUGGGUUGCAACUUCUGUGCUCCAGUUAGAUGAGGCAUCGCUAUAUGCCUCGGGGUUGGCAUUACUCGAACAGAAUCUGCACACUUUAGAUUCUCAGGGUACUUUUGAUGACAAGACCUUAGAGUGUGUGAUGAUGUCUACCCGCGAUCCACUAGAGUGGCACUUCAAGCAGCUUGACCACGCUGUCGGACUUUCUUUCAAAUCCAAAUUUCACUUUGCUCUUGUUGGACAUCUGCUGAAAGGCUAUCGUCAUCCAACGCCCACGACUGUCACCCGGACCACGAGAGUACUCACGAUGCUGCUUGCAAUUGUCGCAAAGCCUCUAAGAAGGGACAAAUUUGAGGUCACUCCUGAGAGCGUUGCAUAUCUAGCUGCUUUAGUAUCCAUAUCUGAAGAAGUUAGAAGUAGAUGCCACAUUAGACAUUCAUUGAGUCGAAGUAUUGGUGAAUCCGGUAGCUCUGACUUUUUGGAUACUCUCGAUUCACAUUGUGUAGAGAUUUCCGCUAGUACAAGUAAUCCAGUGAACCGAAGACAAAAAUCUUUUGAUUUACUUGACCAAACCGCAAUAAGCCAAGCUAAGCUUCGAGCAUAUUAUCCACCGCAUCAUCAGACUGGCCGAAUUUUAUUUAAAACGCAGCGAUCCUUCUCCAUGCCCUCGACCAAGGAAGCCAAAGCAAAUGAUGAGCUUGAGGCAAAGAAUCGAAGUGCGCGCGUAAGCGUGAGCAAUGAGAACAACGUGCUUCUCGACCCAGAUGUGCUGACGGACUUUUCGACGCAAACCCUUGUUUUAACAGUUUUAGCCACACUUGUCAAGUAUUCAACGGAUGAAAAGGAAACUAGGAUCUUAUACGAAUAUCUUGCUGAAGCUUCAGUUGUCUUCCCCAAGGUCUUUCCUGUGAUUCAUAAUUUGUUGGAUGCAAAAAUUAACAGUGUUUUAACAUCUUGCCAUGAUCAGGCAAUACUAAACUCGGUACAGGCAAUCAUUCAAAAUAUGAUUGCCUGCGAAGAUACAAGUCAACAGCAGCUUCACUAUUUACAAAGUUGCGGAUUUGGUGGACUCUGGAGAUUUGCUGGACCAUACACAAAGUGCAAUCGUACUGCAGAAAGUGCAGAGCUGUUUGUUAACUGUUUGGAAGCGAUGGUCGAAACAUGCUUGCCAGUAGAAGAGUCUGAAAGUGCAAGUCAGAGUGAGGUUUCUUCUGAUCCAGCAAAGCGCGAAAGUACGUCAGAUUCAUCCAAAACCAGUUCGUUGUCUGAUGCUAAGGCGCGCAAUCUUUCGGAAGAAAGCAGUUCCUCUUCAUCAUUUGAUCGCAAAGAUCAUCCCGCGGAACGACAAAUGGAUAAACCAGACACAAAUAAGGCAGCCUCGACUAUAAGUAGCGGAAGUUCACAUCCCUAGCGUUUGGCCCGAGAGACUGGAUCUCAAAGAGGCAGUAGAUCACGCAACCAGGAGCAACAUGGCCAACGACAACAAAUUCGACUGAGGACCGCAGAACUUUUAGCUCCCUGCUACUGUUGUUACAUGUCCAGUCAAAUAAAUCCAGUACCGUCCACUUCGCGUUAACGUGCAGAUUUAAAGGAAGAAAAGAAGAUCGCAAUUACGUUCGACGUUGAGUGUAGUUGGGUUCACGGAGUUAUUUUAGAUAUUCGCGUCACGUAUAUUUUUGUUUUAACACUGACGAGUCCUUAUGCUCAAAGUGAAGAAAAAACACCAAACUAUUAUUAUAUUAUAUUAUAUAUAUAUAUAUACGAACGUUGUAUAAAUAUCGAUAAUUUAUCUCAGAGUACAAAAGGAGACCAGAGACCACUCUUGUCCUAUUCCGCAGUUUGUAGGAAGCGCCAAAGGCACAAAGUCUUUUUAUUGAUAUGGGACACAAAAAAAGUCGCUGCCAGGCUGCUGGGACUUGCGCCUUUUUAGGAUCUUUGUAGAUGACUGAAGCGGGAAAAUUCUUUCUUAUUCACCAAAGGUUAUAUUCUGUCUGAUAAAAAUUAUAAAAUUUAGACUCGUAAAGAGAAAGACUAUACGUUCCGUGAAAAGGAAAAAAGAUCUAUAUAUAUUUUUAGGUAUGUUAAGUGAAUGUGAAAGGAAGUGAAUUAUAGGUGUGCAAGGUUAUAUUAUAUUCGUUAAUUAGGUUGUAAAAUUUAAGAAUAUGUAGAGUACUGUUAUUUUUAUUGAUGGGAUGUCGGAGCUAUGCUCAUUUAUUGACAAUUUUCUACUGGAAAUAUUGCGCAUUGAUCACACAAAUAAAAAUCGAUGGAUGCCUAAAGCACGGAACUGUAAUCCUGUAUGCUUGUUUUCAUUACAAGUUUCACAAAUGAGACGCGAGUCGUCAUUCGAUUCGAAAAAACACAUAUGUCGAUACGUAUAAAUCGAAACUUGAUGGUCUAUUAUGUCAAACACAAAAUAUCGCUGAAAUUGAAUAAUUUUUGCUCCGACAACCCUUUGAUACAGAACUGUGAUUCUCCCUUUAGUUCUGCUGGGCCUAAGUGGAUUCUCAAGCGGAGAAUCGAAAAUGUUUAUUGCUCUCAACGAAAAAUUGUCUUUCGUUGGCUUGCCAUUUGCAACUUUCAAUUUUCUCGUAUGAUAAUCGCUUAAGAGACGCUUUAACCGUUUUAUUUUUUGCAAAACGUUAACUAUGAGCGUCGACGACGACAAUGAUGAAUUCCAACUGUGAUUAGCUCCACCAAACACCCAAUAGGACUAUACGGCCCUAACUUUUAAGCAAGCUCGAUGUUAUUCGUAGAGUAUUAAUAUUGCAUAUCGGAGACUCGAUGUUUGAAAGCUCUCUCUCGUACCUGCUGGCUAACUUUACCUUGUUGAAUGAUGAAAAGAACAGCAAUUUUAUGUUUUCAUUUUUAUUUCUCUUCGUUGUCAACGCAAGCCAGACUCCUAUACACUUCGUUACGGUCGUACUGUGAAAAUAAAAAAUAAAAUAUAUGUUAUAAAAAAAAGAAUAAGUAAACACCAAUUAGAUGGGAAAGAGCCGCGCUUUGUAUACAUGUUGUUGUCCUAGUUUGUAAACAGGCGCACAAGGAUUCUUUAACAAAAAGAUUAAAAAUUAAUAUAAAAAAUAUAAUGAAAGAGAAAAAAGCAGAAAAAUAAACGACAUUUUAAUCAACACAUCGAAAAUAAAAUCUCCGCGAGGCCUAUCGAGCGCAUAUAGGGCCUAUCGCUUCUCUCUGAAUGUGAUGUGUAAUUUAUAUUAUUACUUCGUAUGUGUAAAUGAUAUAAAUGAGUUAAUGAAAGAGCCGCUACUUGCUAUACGUUAAAAGGAAAGAUUUAUUACAUAUAUUAUAUAUAUAAAAAAGAUGAAAUUAACUGAUCGUCAAAGCCUAAAGCCGAGUUUCGAUGUUUCUGAAGAUAUCGAUAUGAGUAUUACGUAAGUAGCAGAAAUACGCGUUAUUGUAUAAUGUCUGAAACUAAAUAUAACAUAUGUCUAUACUUUA